AUGUUGGGAUUACGUGCUUUACUAAAUAAAAGUACCGUCAUAGAACAAGCUUCAUUUUUCCAACAAACUAGAAAUACGUUCAUCCUUAAGAGACGAUGGCCACCACCACUGCACAAAAAGAAUGGAAGAGUACCGAAAUUAAAAGCAAGGCAUUUUGUUUAUGAUUUAAUUGAAGAUACGAAUGUUAAUAAAAAACCUGAUUUAAAAGUAAUAUUAAAUCAAUUUGUUGACGGUGCUGGCAAUGUCGGAGAUAUAUUAAGUUUGCGUCCUAAUGUUGCAUAUAAAGAAUUUUUACUUCCUGGUCUUGCUGUAUAUGCAACACCGGACAACUUACUAAAGUACAAAGCUGCUGAAAAUAAAUCAAGGGCAUCAUCUGAUUUUAGUUCCCCUUAUGUCCAAAGAACAAUUAACUGUUUAUCUCGAAUAGUUUUACAAAUAACUAUGAAUAAGACUACACCAUGGAAACUUGAGUCUUGGCAUAUUAAAACAUCAUUGCGAAAAGCUGGUUAUAUAGUACCCGAAGAGGCUAUUAUAAUGCCUCCAAAAGAAAUCACAGGACCAGAUUUAACUUUACAAGAAAAGGAAUUUUUCAUUACAGUUAAAAUAAAUAAUAAAGAAGAAGUAAAUGUAAGAUGCCGCAUCCACCAUUGGGCUACAGGUUUAGAGAGGCUGCCUUGGGAAGAGUUUCAUUGGAAAAAGCCUUUAGAGGCUCUUUUUCCAGAACAAGCUGAAAUUUUAGCAAAAAUGACUCUACCUGAAUGA